AUGUCGCAAUGCAAGACGAAUGGCAGAGAUACCAUGAAUUAUGAAAUUGGGGACAGACUCAAGAUUGGCGGUCAUUUUUGCACAGUCAAAUUUAUUGGUGUCAUUAAGCCGUGGCCUUCCAUUAAAGCUUACGGGGUAGAAUGGGAUGAUCACAGUCGGGGAAAAAAUUCUGGAACGAUAGAUGAUAUACACUAUUUUGACGUUCACAUUCCUAAUUCAGGAUCAUUUCUAAAGGAAUCUAAGAUUAAAUCUUCAAAUGUACACAGAAUUACGUUUUACGAAGCAUUGUCAGAAAAGUAUGGAAGCUCAAGUAACAGCAUUAAUAGCCUAUCUAUAGGCAACAAGAGGAUUGAGAGUUUGGGAUUCGAUGAAUUAGAUGCGAGAAAUAAGAAUUUCAAGAAGCUAAGAAAAAUAGCAUUGCGAGAUUCAGAUAUCGCUAUACUGUUUCGAAGCCAGGAUGAGUUAAACUAUGUAGUACGAGAAUGUGUGAGUAUCAGGGACCUUGAUUUAUCGUUGAAUCUUUUGACGGAUAUCAAUUCUUUAUGUGAGUUCAUAGAACCUUUGAAAAGCUUAGAGAGCCUUAAUUUAUCUCAAAAUAAACUUUCAAAAGGUUGGGAUAACUUGAAAAAAUAUGAUCUAUCACAUAUCAAAACUUUGCGUCUGUCCUCCUGUGAUUUGAGUUAUGAACAUGUUGAUAAGCUACUGAAAAGCUUCAGCGCACUGAAAAUGUUAGAUUUAAGCUAUAAUAACCUGACCGGUGUGGGAAUUCAGAAUUUUAAGACUGAAAUACCGCGUACUUUAGAGGAAUUGAACAUUAGUGGAAAUAAUCUUGUAUCGUUUCCACUCUUUCCAACAGAUUUGACAUUGAAAGGUUUGAAUAUCUCCGAUAAUCAAAUUUCUAGGACACCAAGUAUUGCUAUUUAUUCUAUUGAAUCCUUAGAUAUAACAGAUAACAAAUUCAAGGAGAGAAAGGUGAUAGAUGAUUUGAAUAUGGCAUUUCCCUCGUUGAGGAAUAUCCAUCUGAGUGGUAAUGAAUUGAAAUAUAACGGAAAUGAUGUUAACGUUGAAGAGCAGGCUACUUUUUAUGAAGUACUCGCAAGGUUUGAUCAUGUGAUGGUGUUGAAUGGAUCAAUAUGUAAUAUAAAAACCAGAAGAGAGGCCGAAAUGUUUUUUAUUUCUAAAGUUGUGAAUAACGAACUGGACUAUGAUACCAAUCUGCCGCGUUGGUCACGUCUCAUCAAGUCGCAUGAAAUUGAUACAAAUAAAUUAAAUUUGAACAAAAGCAGAGUAACACGACAAUCUCUUGUAUUAAAGAUAAAGGUUAGGGCUGGUAAGGAGCCGAAUGGUGAUUUAAACUAUUGGGUUCUCCCCAGUUUUACAGUACGGUAUGUCAAGAGUAUAAUAUGUCGAAAGCUAGAACUCGACGUACUGAAGGUCAGGUUAUUUCACGAAAAUUCUAAAGGAAUGAUAAACGAAAUUAACCAUAAUUUUCGCCCUAUCUCAGAUUUUAAUAUUGUGGACGGAGAUAUUAUUCAUGUUUACUUCACCAGUAAAUAG